AUGGUAACUCAUGAAUUUCAGGAAUGGAUGUAUAAUUCACAGUAUGAUACUAGGAUCAUCAGAACCAAAGUUCAGCAACCUUUUCACCCAACACCAGAUGGAAGCGGGACAGGUGUGACUGCACCAGGACAUACUAUUGUGCCCAGCACAGCAUCCCCUCCCGUCUCCAGUGCCUCCAAUGAUCCAGUGGGCUCUUACUCCAUUAACGGGAUCCUGGGGAUUCCUCGGUCGAAUGGCGAGAAGAGGAAACGUGAUGAAGAUGUAUCCGAGGGCUCAGUUCCCAAUGGAGAUUCCCAGAGCAGCGUGGACAGUUUGCGGAAGCACCUUCGAGGCGACACUUUCACCCAGCAGCAGCUGGAAGCUUUAGAUCGAGUUUUUGAGCGUCCUUCUUACCCUGACGUCUUUCAAACAUCAGAACACAUCAAAUCUGAGCAGGGUAAUGAGUACUCCCUCCCAGCUCUGACCCCUGGUCUCGAUGAAGUCAAAUCAAGUCUAUCCACCUCUGCUAACCCAGACCUGGGGACAAAUGUGUCAGGACCCCAGACGUACCCUGUGGUGACCGAAAACCUCUCCUCUCCCCUCAGUAUAAAGCAAGAGCCUCAUGGAGCCUCUCUCACCCCUUUCACCCCCACCACGCCGGUCGGCUCUGGGCAGGCUGAUCUUCAGCCCUUCCACAUGGCCCUUUCAGACGAUGCGUCCACGCCUUGCUACAGUGCCUUCCUUCAUCAUGGUGCCCACUUUGGGCAGUCCAGCAGCCAGCCUCUGAUAGCAGGUCGUGAUAUGGCAAGCACCACCUUACCUGGCUACCCACCCCAUGUUCCUCCAACUGGACAAGGCAGCUACCCAACCUCAACUCUUGCAGGAAUGGUUCCUGGGAGCGAGUUCUCAGGCAACCCCUACAGCCACCCUCAGUACACAACCUACAACGAGGCUUGGCGGUUCAGAAACCCUGCAUUACUAAGUUCCCCUUAUUAUUAUAGUGCCACAUCCCGGGGCUCCGCACCUCCCACUGCUGCCGCUGCCUAUGACCGCCACUAG